AUGUCAUCCCAGAGCCAGCUAAGUGUUCUCCAUAAAUUCAAGGGGAUCCUCUUCUCCACUAUGUCUUCAGAAGAGCUUCUUAAUUCUUUGGAUUCUUUUGAUGCAAGAGAAGAUGAUGUGUUCUUGGUGUCCUAUCCAAAAUCUGGCACUCACUGGAUCGCGGAGAUCGUCGGAAGCAUUCCCAAUGCUAGAAUCUCCCUCACGUCUUCGAUUGAAUUGGGAGAUGCCUCUAAACUUGAAGAGCUAAAACUGUGCUCGCAGAGAAGAGUGAUCCCAACGCACUUGAGCUACGACCUGCUCCCUGCGAAGAUCAAACAAAAGCAAUGUAAGAUUAUCUACAUCAUUAGAAAUCCUAAAGACACAGCUGUUUCCCUAUUCCACUACUACAGAGAUAAUCCUAAUCUUCCUUGCAUCGAAACAUGGGCUGCUUUUCUCGAGCUAUUCCUUAGAGGAGAAGUUGUGUACGGAUCCUGGUUCGAUCACGUUUUAAGCUGGGAAGAGCACAGAAAUGAUAAAAAUAUUCUAAUUAUAUUCUACGAAGAAAUGAAGAAAGAUUUUUCUAAGAGCUUAAAGAAAAUAACUACUUUCCUUGAAAUAAAUGUGAAUGACAGUGAAAUUAAUAAGAUUGCUUGGAAAACAUCAUUCAGUGAAAUGAAAAAUAAUUCGGUUAAAGAAAACUUCGAUCCCAAUCGUACCGUCUGUGCCCUCACAUCUGACAGGAACCUGGUGUUUAGGAAAGGAGUGGUGGGUGAUUGGAUAAACUACUUUACUUCAAACCAGAAGAGAGUAUUUGAUGAACUAUUCACAGAGAAAAUGAAACACAGUGAACUGGCCAGACUCUUGGAGGAGAUCUCUUAAUACACAUAGAAAAUGAAACUAAUUUUCAUCUUCUUUCAGGCAGAACUUGGGGAAUAUGUAAAUAUUUUUCACCCACAUGGAAAGCAGAUACUGUAUUUCUUUUGAUGAGAAACAGAUAGUUCAUGAAUGUGUCAAAAAUAUCAUGUAUGAGAGACUAGCAUUACUGUAUUUGGUGUAGUAGAAAAUUAUAAGUAUAAAGGAAGAUUAGAGUUUUUGAAUAGUUGAAUCAUAUAUCUGUUUCCAGGAUAUGCAGCAAGGCACAAAGAUGACUUUGACUUAGAAAGGAGCACAGUUUUGUAGGUGUUGCAUAAGCUGCAUUAAUGUACAACAAAAAAAAAGUAAGAGAUUAUCUAAAAUAACAGAUAUCCGAGAAGAAUUCAUUUUCUGCCUGUUUGGAUAACUACAACCUCUGGGCCAACAUUUUUGUCUCAACAUUCUCUGGUGUCUGUGUAGAAAUAGUCUCCAAUGUCAUAACGAAGAUGAACGCAAUCUCACUGAGGUGCCAACACCUAACUGACAGAUUAUAUAAAAUGACCGCCUUCCAAUGUACCGGUAAAAAUGAGAAAUGAAAAAAAAAAAAAAAGGAUACUCUUUCACAUUCACACUGGCUUGGCAGUCCGGUAUUUUCUUUAUCUUGAUUCAUUUAAAUUA